AUGGCAUUUGGAGCUCAGUCUAAGUUUGGGAUACAUAAUGAUGUACAUCAGACUGAAGUAAAAAGAAUCACAGAAGGUUUAGAGGAAGACACUGGACCCAAAUCUCAGAACUCUAUGAAGAUCUGGGACUUACAAGCAGAGAUGGAAAUACUACAGUCUGAAAGUACAUCAGUGUGUGAAAGAAGAAAAAGCCUUGAAAUAGAAAAUCAAGAACUGGGUAUAGACAACAGAAGAUUAAAGGCCAAGAUGAAGGAUCUUCAAGAUCUUCUGGACAGAAAAAGUAAAUGGCCUGCAAUUCAUCUGUGUGGAGAUCUCAAGAUACCAUACAGUGAACUGCUAGGGGAAAAUAAGGACUUUGUGGAUCUGCCAUGCAGUGAUGGUGAGCUAUACAAGCAGGACCAAGACAUAUUGGCAGAACUGACACAAACAAGAAAGAAGGCGGAGCAGCAUAAGGCAGAAGCAAAGCAGCUGAGCAUUCGGAUUGAAGAUCUAAGAAGAAAAUUAAAAGAGGCAGAAAGCAAGAAACCCUCAGAGACAGGAAAGGAGAGAAGUUUUACCCACAAUCCAUCUUCUCAUUGAACUGAUAAUUCCUCCUUACAACACCGAAGCUGGUGGGUUCGCAACACUUUCCCCAAACCACCUGGCCUCCUUCUCCCUCGUCACCUUCUCAUCUUGCCGUGAUGACAUUAUCUGUUCUAUUGCCCAGUCAAAAAAAUAAACCCAAAAUGAGACAGAAUGGAGAACAACAGAGGAGAGAAACUGCAUCACAGCACUGCUAUACCUUCAAACACAUUAUCUCUGGCCUCUUCUUAAAGGACAAGUGAAGGAGUGGUGCAAUGGGAGCAUCUCUCUUUCUUUCUCUCUCUCUCUCUCUCACACACACACAUACACACACACAGCCCAUUCUGGCCCUUAGAGUGAGUAGGCUGCUGUUUCCUCUGCAGUAAGUCAGUGACAGGGGAUGUGUGGCCUUCCAGAUGUUGAUGGACUACAACUCAUCCUGGACUGCUGGCCGCCAUGCUCGCUGGGGCUGAUGGGAGUUGGAGUCCAAAUAAUCUGGUGAGCCAUCAAUUCCCCAUACCUACAGUAAAUGAAUGUUGAGGGCAACAGGGGGCACUGCUGAAUAUCAGUCUUUCCCUAGAAUGUAGUAUUUUCUCCAUAAACCAGCUAACGACUUUUGCAAAAUAAAGUGUGAACAUCAGCACCCAUGGUCUUCCACAGCAGAUAGAUGAAAACAUCCAUGCAUUUUAUCACCACUGCCAGUUGAUAUGUACAUUUGCAUCACAAAAAUUUAAGAAGCAUACAAAAGAGAAAGAAAAAAGGGAAGGUUCAAGAAUUCACAAAAGUUCAUUAUUUUAAUGCAAAUAUGUUCAUUAUUUUAUUAUAUUUAAGAGUGGCCAUUUUUUAUAAUCUUGUUCAAAAAGGAAAUAUGAAUACAAUUUUUCUGGGUAACCUCAGAACCGGACAUCAUUAAAAGGUCACUAUUCCACCUUAUUGCUAAAGUAUUGACACGUUUAAUGACAAAAUGCCCCCAAUUUUUAUUGCUUGAGCUGUCUCAUACUGAAAUGUAGGAAAAUAUUCUGUGGCCUGCUGCCCAAGUCCUUCAUGCAACAAAAAGAAUUAAAAUAAAAAUUAGAUGUAAUGAAGUCUUGUGAAUGAACUUUGAGGUUGUAUAUUAAAUUUUAAUUACUUUUUUUCUGAAAUGUAGCCAAAUAAUUCAGAAUUAAUGUUGCAGUGAGGUAUCACUUACCUUAACCUCACCCAAGGGGGCAAUUGGAAUAUGUAUGAAAUGUUACCAACAUGGUUAACGUACACCUUUUGUCGUCUUGAUUAUUUCUUUGUAUUUUCAUAGACAGAUGUUCUCUGUAUCUUGAGAGGUAACAUUUUUGUAAAAUAAGAAUAAUCAUUUUUGCAAUUAUCAUACAUCAGCCAAAUUAACAGUGAAAUCUUAUGCAUGUCUACCUAGAAGUAAUUUCCAUUGUGGUCAGUGAAAUCCCAGACUGUGAUGAGACUGAACCAACUUUUCUUUUAAAUACAUACUUUUGUAUAAAAGCUUUUAAAACUUUAUAUCAGUAUUAAAGAGCUAAUUGUGUACUCUUUGCUUCCACACCUAUGGCAUAAUAAAGUAACUGGAAUGGAGCCCCUAAAAUAUUCAAAAGUGAUUUGUAAGUGGGCAGGAAGUGUUAGUUUUCCUGAGGAUAUAUUAGACUUUUGUGAAGCUGCAAAUACAUGAAAAUAAAUAUUUUGGUAGCCAUA